AUGAAGGGAGUAAAAGGAAGGCUAGUGAAGAAAUUGAUGACAAUCAAAACAAUUGGGUAUUUGAAACCAGAAAGAUUUCUUCAGGUAAAUUCAUUUGAAAGCUAUGUAUGUACAUCGCCACCUAAAUCGAAUUCCGUAGCCCCUAAACCCCUGGUUUCCAUCCAAGAAAAUCCCAAGAAUGUUGUGGAGAAUGAUGGAUUGAAGCAAGAAUCAGAGAUCAUUGAUGUUACAGAGCUUAUGAGGGAUCUUGAAGACCAAGAAUUGGAGUUUGGUGACGACAUCAAUGAUAAAGAGAAUGUUUAUCCAGGAAAAAAGUCAAAAAUCCCAGAUGAUUUCGAAGAAAAUAAAGAGAUUUCUAUCUUAUCCGAGUCAAAGAAUGAGGUUUUGGAAUCUACAGAAUGUCAAAAAGAUGAUGAAAACCAUGUCCCUUUACCUGAGAUUGAUGUGUCAUCGUUCAGGCGGCCAGAUUUGGACUCAGGAUCCCUUUUUGACCCAAAUCUUCUUGCAGCCUUUGAGCAGGCAGUAAUGGAAGUUAAAGCCCAAGAGGAGGCAGAGAGAAGGGUUCCAAUGGAGGAAAUAAAUUGGCAAGAAAUCGACGAAGGCCCCCCUUUAAAAUCUAGAAAAAUCGAGGAAGCUGCUGAUCCUCUACUAGAAUUUGAAGAGAAAUGUCCACCAGGGGGUAGCGACACAGUUAUUCUCUACACCACUGGCCUUAGAGGGAUACGAAAGACAUUCAACAACUGUCAUCGAAUCCGGUCUCUAUUGGAGAACUUGAUGGUUAUGUUUUACGAGAGGGACGUGUCAAUGCAUUCAGAGUAUAGGGACGAGUUAUGGAAGAUUUCGGGUGAAAAAUUAGUGCCUCCAAGGCUGUUCAUUAAGGGAAGGUACAUUGGAGGAGCUGCAGAGGUUUUGGGAAUGCAUGAACAAGGAAAGUUAAAGCCACUUCUUGAAGGAAUUCCUAUUGCUAAAUCUGAAGGACCCUGUGAAGGUUGUGCUGGAAUAAGUGUAACUUACUCAAAAAUAGAAGAUUCAGCUUUUGGCCUCAUCGAAACAGAAUCAAUCUCCAAAACAUCGGGACACAACCCACAGAGAAAAUGCAGAGACUCCUUCUGCCCUGGCUUGAAGAUCGACAUGAAGAAACAACUGAUUAAUACCAUCAUCAUCGAUUCAUCGUUGUCAUCUCCAGAACCUCCAGGAAUAAUUUUAGCCAAUAGCAUUACAGAAAUACUGAUCUCGUCGUCUCCACAUGUGCAUUGUAGAAUAGCACCACCAUUAUCAAGUGCCCUUUUGCAACAGUGA